AUGGCCCCUCGUCGCGCGUUUCUCCCGUUACGCGCGUUUCCCCUCGUCACGCGCUCUCCUCCCCUCGUCCCGCGCUCAACCAUUCACUCGCGCUCCAGGGUAGAUUACCCGCUGAAUCCGACGUCACGCGCAGCAACUCGUUGGCCCAGUUGCUCCUCUAGGCCCUCGCCUCCCGUUGUCGCCUCCGCCACCCCAAUCGAACAGCGUUUCGAACUCCUCUCUGCUCCCCACCAUCCUCCCCUCUCUCCCCGGCAUCUGCCCCCGUUCCCCCCGUCCUCUUCCCUGUUCCCCGUAUCCUCUUCCCUGCUUCCCCCCAUCCCCUUCCCUGCUUCCCCCCAUCCCCUUCCCUGCUUCCCCCCAUCCACUGCCCUGCUUCCCCCCAUCCGCUUCCCUGCUUCCCCCCAUCCCGUUCCCUGCUUCCCCCCAUCCGCUGCCCCCUGCUUCCCCCCAUUCCCUUCCCUGCCCUUUCCCCCCAUCCCCUUCCCUGUUUCCCCCCAUCCCCUUCCCUGCUUCCCCCCAUCCCCUUCCCUGCUUCCCCCCAUCCCCUUCCCUGCUUCCCCCCAUCCCCUUCCCUGCUUCCCCCCAUCCCCUUCCCUGCUUCCCCCCAUCCCCUUCCCUGCUUCCCCCCAUCCCCUUCCCUGCUUCCCCCCAUCCCCUUCCCUGCUUCCCCCAAUCCGCUGCCCUGCUUCCCCCAUCCCUGCCCUGCUUCCCGCCAUCCCCUUCCCUGCUUCCCCCCAUCCCCUUCCCUGCUUCCCCCCAUCCCCUUCCCUGCUUCCCCCCAUCCCCUUCCCUGCUUCCCCCCAUCCCCUUCCCUGCUUCCCCCCAUCCCCUUCCCUGCUUCCCCCCAUCCCCUUCCCUGCUUCCCCCCAUCCCCUUCCCUGCUUCCCCCCAUCCCCUUCCCUGCUUCCCCCCAUCCCCUUCCCUGCUUCCCCCCAUCCCCUUCCCUGCUUCCCCCCAUCCCCUUCCCUGCUUCCCCCCAUCCCCUUCCCUGCUUCCCCCCAUCCCCUUCCCUGCUUCCCCCCAUCCCCUUCCCUGCUUCCCCCCAUCCCCUUCCCUGCUUCCCCCCAUCCCCUUCCCUGCUUCCCCCCAUCCCCUUCCCUGCUUCCCCCCAUCCCCUUCCCUGCUUCCCCCCAUCCCCUUCCCUGCUUCCCCCCAUCCCCUUCCCUGCUUCCCCCCAUCCCCUUCCCUGCUUCCCCCCAUCCCCUUCCCUGCUUCCCCCCAUCCCCUUCCCUGCUUCCCCCCAUCCCCUUCCCUGCUUCCCCCCAUCCCCUUCCCUGCUUCCCCCCAUCCCCUUCCCUGCUUCCCCCCAUCCCCUUCCCUGCUUCCCCCCAUCCCCUUCCCUGCUUCCCCCCAUCCCCUUCCCUGCUUCCCCCCAUCCGCUGCCCUGCUUCCCCCCAUCCGCUGCCCUUCUUCCCCCCAUCCCUUUCCCUGCUUCCCCCCAUCCCCUUCCCUGCUUCCCCCCAUCCCCUUCCCUGCUUCCCCCCAUCCCCUUCCCUGCUUCCCCCCAUCCCCUUCCCUGCUUCCACUUAUCCACUGCCCUGCUCCCCCCCAUCCCCUUCCUUGCUCCCCCCCAUCCCCUUCCCUGCUUCCCCCCAUCCCCUUCCCUGCUUCCCCCCAUCCGCUGCCCUGCUUCCCCCCAUCCCCUGCCCUGCUUCCCCCCAUCCCCUUCCCUGCUUCCCCCCAUCCCCUUCCCUGCUUCCCCCCAUCCCCUUCCCUGCUUCCCCCCAUCCCCUGCCGUGCUUCCCCCCAUCCCCUGCCCUGCUUCCCCCCAUCCCCUUCCCUGCUUCCCCCCAUCCCCUUCCCUGCUUCCCCCCAUCCCCUUCCCUGCUUCCCCCCAUCCCCUUCCCUGCUUCCCCCCAUCCCCUUCCCUGCUUCCCCCCAUCCCCUUCCCUGCUUCCCCCCAUCCCCUUCCCUGCUUCCCCCCAUCCCCUUCCCUGCUUCCCCCCAUAA